UGUAGAAGAUGGACAUCUCUACACAUAUGGCACAUAUUGAAGAUGAAACCACAAGGACUUCUACUUCUGAAGGCUUGGAAGAAGGGGAGGUUGAAGGAGAAACGCUUCUUCUAGUGGAAUCUGAAGACCAGGCAUCUAUCGAUCUGUCUCAUGAUCAAAGUGGAGAUUCCUUGAAUAGUGAUGUUGGCGAUGACGUGGAUCCACCAUGGAUGGAAGAAAUGCCAUUCUACUGUGAAAAGUGUCAAAAAUGGAUUCCAGCAACCCAGCUACAAGGUGAUCCACCCAGCUACUUAAAAGGUGACAACUUCUUCAAAUUCAUAUGCUCUGCUUGUUCUGAUGAUGGCAAAGAACAGUUUGAGCGCUUAAGACUAACUUGGCAGCAGGUGGUCAUGUUGGCUAUGUACAAUCUAUCACUGGAAGGAACAGGUCGACAGGGCUACUUCAGAUGGAAGGAAGAUAUUUGCUCUUUUAUUGAAAAACACUGGACUUUUCUUUUGGGAAAUAGGAAGAAGACCUCGACCUGGUGGAGCACUGUGGCUGGAUGUCUCUCUGUGGGAAGUCCACUGUUCUUCAGGUCUGGAGCUCAAGAAUUUGGAGAGCCAGGAUGGUGGAAACUUGUCCACAACAAACCCCCCACCAUGAAACCUGAAGGAGAAAAGUACUCCACUCCCUCACAGAAGACAAAAGUUUCUGUAAAAACCACAUUGGAUCCAAUAAUCACUGUAGAAGGCCUCCGGAAAAGAGCAAGUCGAAACCCUGUGGAAUCUGCUAUUGAGCUGAAGGAGAAGAGGUCACGCACUCAAGAAGCCAAGGAAAUAAGAAGAGCCCAGAAAGAAGCUGCAGGCUUUGCAGAUCGCAGCACGUGUUCCACACCCGUGAAGUUUUCUAGCGGCAGAAGCCGUCGGCCUGACAUUGUACUUGAAAAAGGAGAGGUGGUAGACUUCUCGUCUAUGAGUUCCUCAGACCGAACUCCUAUGACAAGCCCAUCUCCCUCUCCAUCUCUGGACUUCUCUGCCCCUGGUACUCCAGCAUCCCACUCGGCCACUCCAAGUCUGCUUUCUGAGGCUGAUCUUAUACCCGAUGUCAUGCCACCCGAAGCUUUGUUUCAUGAUGAUGAUGAGAUGGAUGCAGAUGGUGUAAUCGAUCCAGGGAUUGAAUAUAUACCCCCUCCCAAUGCUCCAGUUGGAGGAGGGCCCAUGAGUCGAAAAAAAGUCAAAACCUCUAUGCAGAUAAAACAAGAAAUAGAAAGUGAAGAGGAAAGAGCCGAGAGGGUAGAGAGUGAAUCGCUUGAUGACUCCGCAGCUGAAAGAGGACAUUUGAAGAAGAGGCCCGCGCCGAUCGAAAAGGAGAAAAGCAAAGGACCUCAGUACAAAUCUAUUAGUCUUUAUGAAGAAAAGUUACUUUUGAAACGCUUUGAAGCUUGUCCCAAUGCAGUUGCUGUUACCCCAGAGGCUAGGAGGCUUAGAAGAAAACUGUUAGUCCGUAAGGCCAAGCGUGAGAGAGGGAUGCCAAUUUUUGAUUUGGAUCAAGCAGUGAGUGCUGCUCUGCUCCUCGUAGGCGGAGUUUAUGGAGCUAGAGAAGGAUCAAUUAACAGGCCCUUGUCCUCUGACCAAGAGUUUCAAACAACAAGCCAAGACUUAAGAAUACUGGACAGAUUCCAAAAUACACAGCCAGCAAGGAAAGGAAUCAGACAGUUGACGACAAAGUUUCUGUAUCGCCUGGGUGCGUCAGAGGACAUGAACACAGACCUGAGCAUCGUUAGUCCUUAUACCUCCAGAAUCCUAAAACCCUACAUCAGGCGAGACUACGAGACAAGACCCGCCAAGGUGCAGUUACUGGCACAGAUCCGUGCCUAUCCUCAUAGAAACGAUCCCAGCUGGAACCCAGAGGCGGAAUCCCCAAUUGACUAUUGCUAUGUCCGCCCGAGCCACAUCCCCACAAUCAACUGCAUAUGCCAAGAAUUCUUCUGGCCAGGUAUUGAUCUAUCCGAGUGCCUGCAGUAUCCAGAUUUCAGUGUUGUGGUUCUCUACAAAAAAGUCAUAAUUGCUUUUGGCUUCAUGGUUCCUGAUGUAAAGUACAACGAAGCCUACAUCUCAUUCCUGUUUGUUCACCCAGAGUGGAGAAGAUCUGGCAUUGCAACAUUUAUGAUUUACCAUCUGAUUCAGACAUGCAUGGGCAAAGAUGUAACUCUGCACGUUUCUGCAAACAACCCCGCAAUGCUGCUUUACCAGAAGUUAGGCUUCAAGACCGAGGAGUACGUGUUGGACUUUUAUGACAAAUAUUAUCCUUUGGAUAGCAAAGAGUGUAAACAUGCCUUCUUCCUCAGGCUGCGGAGGUGAUCAGGGCAGACCAUUACAACUCCUUAUUGCACAUUUGGACGCUUCGUCAAAGGAGCUAAUUUAGGGAUUUGGCCUUGAAAGCCCAAUCGCUGUAUCACGGGAUGUCCUCAUCAUUUGUAUAAAAAAAAAGUGUUUUGCUCAAUGGGCUUUGAACAACUCUUGAAAAAAAAUAUUUACUUAUGACCUUUGUUAUAUAAAUUCUUCGUUUAGUUUUGGCUGAAAAAUAAACCUGAAUAAUGAACGUGA